AAGGAAAAAUCAAGCAAACUGCUGGCUUUGUUCGAAUGCAGUUCCUGAAGAGUCGAAGGCUGGGAUUUUAAUAGCUAAGUCUGCAAGCUCCAGCGCUGCUAUGGCAGGUGCUGUGGCACUUCAGCCAUGCUCCGACCUGUCCGAUGUGACGCAGUUGGCUCAACCGUCGCUGUUUCUGAAACCUAUAGCACGGGUUUGCAUUGCCGUUCAGCUUCCCAAAACCUUGGCCGCAACUUCAGUAACCUCAGCGGUGGGAAAAAGCAUCUCGAAUUGGGAAGUUAUGGAGAAGAUAAAAACUCUUGCCAAGCCUAUGGUUUUCAGUAUGAUGAAAGUGACAACGAGUAACCUUGAGGUUAUUCGAUAUGAAGGCGAACUGGACAACAAAGAACUGGUUCUGAAAGUGAUGCACCAGUUGGAGGAUCAGACCAUAAAACUGAGCGGAUUUUCGGAGACAUUACGAAUUCAUUGCUCAGAAGCUAAGUUAAAUUUUCCUCAGCGGCAUGACUGGACUGCAUUUUUUCGUGAUGCACAGAAUCUCAACGAACUGAAGCCGGGACAGCGGCCCGAUACUGUUGUCCUGCGCAAUGUGCCCUGCAAAUGGUUCAGCAAACCGAAGCCCGAUAAUCCUUCCGUGCCUAAGGCGCCCCCGAGCACAGACGCUGCCGCGGAGGUGACCGAUCCAGCUGAGAACAGCUUUGUUCCGGUGGAUAAAAAGGGUGUAGACGUUAACAAUAAGCCAUCCAUGGACCGAUUGAAAGAAGUAUUCGGACUAUUUGGUAAGAUUCGCGCCGCCGAUGUGCCACUGCUGGAUCCAUCGCGCAAUCAGUCUCUCCUUGCCAGUAAUACGCUCAAAGGUUUCGGACAUGAGUUCGUUUUUGAUGCCUUUAUCCAGUAUGCUGAAUACAAUGCUUUUGUUAAAUGCCUCACUGCGUUAUACGGGAUGAAGCUGUUAUGGAAAGAGAGCGAGGAGAAGGCAUUUACUGCCAAUAUCAAGGUGGAAUUUGACAAAACUCAACAUAUGAGCGAAAAAAAUAUUCGCAAGCGGCGGCAGGAUCGUCUGGAAUAUUUGCGACUCGAAAAGCUCAAAGAGCAAAAAGCCAAAAAAGAUGCGGAAGAAGCUGAGAAGAAACGCAUAUUAGAGGCAGAGAGAGAGGCUGAGGAAUUGGGAAAAGAAGAAAAGAAGCGCCGCCGAGAAGAACGGCGCCGGCAACGACGACUAAUGGAGCAGAGAAAAGCCGCAGAAAGGAAGAGACAAGAAGAAGAACGAAAGCGGCAACACGAAGUAGCUGUCGAGGAGAGAAAGUUGUUGAUAGCUCAGCGCGAACUGGAAAGCGUUAGACUGUUAUCCAUACUUCUGGAACGGCUGAAGGAGAAACGAGAGGAAGAAUUAGCAGAAUUAGAGCGUAUUCAUCGUGAACAGGAGGAAAGAAGGCUAAAAGAGGAAGCGCGACAGCAGGAGCUGCAGAAAGAAGUCGAAUUCUCAAAAAUGCUGUCUCAAAAAGAAGAUGAACUGCGGAAAGCGUUGCUCAAAACUACACGAAAAGUAGAGAAAAAGAGAAAGCAAAAAGAAGAGAAAAAGUUGAAGAAACUGGAACGCAGAGAACGGAAACGGAUGAAAUUAAUUGCAAAGGGUCCGCCAGAUGUGGAUAAAAAACUGGAGCAAGUUUCUGAAUGGUUGGGGAAGAAUUUUCCUUCGCCUGCUGUCCAAUCCGCUGCGGUUUCGGAAAACCGUGCCAGUAGCUCGAAAAUCCAGCCGGUCGAUUGUACAACAAAUGGCGCACCGAGGCCAGCGAAAAAAGUCAAAGGUGCACGAAAAUCUAAUGGCAGGGAUUUUUCCAGAAACACGGAAGACUCGCAGCACAAAAAGAUUAGCCUGAGUCGCAGUAAUGAAGACUCUAGGUUAAGCAGUUUCCUUGUUGUUGUGCCUGUGCAUGCUGGUCAGCGUAAUCAUGUUGCAAUGGAAGACGAUGAGGCAGCAUUUCAGGCGCCUGUAAAUGUUUUAUACUGCUGAUUGUUAAAUGUAGAAGUCCACACUCUGUGAGAUGAGCGAUCUUGUGCCUCAAGAGCGAAUUUUUAUACUGAUAAAAAAUAAAAUUUACGAUU